AUGGACGAUUUUACAGAGUCUGCGGCAAGACAGCAUCAUACUAAUAAAAGUAUCCAUGCAAUUUUGCAAAAGCAAUUGGAACAAUUACUUCAACAGCUCCCUGAAUCUUUGACAAAACCAAUCUAUGCAAUAGAUGCUGUUGACGGCAGUAUUAACAAUCAAUUUGAAGAACGUUUACAGCAAGAAAGGAAAAGUCACGCAGGCAAACGUAUUAUACUCAUUCCAUACAAUUUAGAAAAUUCGCAUUGGGUUGGAAUUUUGAUAGAAUUUGAAACAGACGAACAAAUUCAACGAGCCGAUUAUAUUGAUUCUAUAAAGCAAUCUAAUAUCAUUCCAUACAAAUUACAAAUGCAAUUUACUAACGUAUACGCAGAUGCUAUUUUACAGGCUAAAAAUUUACGAAAACAAGAUGAUCCAAAUGAAAGUGCAGAGUUAAUGAUUGACAAUUUAUUAACAGCAGCCAUAGAUCUCAUCAUCAACGAUCCAAAAGAUCGUUAUAUUCAUAGAACAGCUUCAUCAAAACGAGAAGAUACAAAACCGAUACUUUUGGAAUUAGUCCAGAAGUUAACCAGUGGUUUAGAAAACUGUGCAAUUGAAGAUGUACGAAAACUACCAGAUGCAAUCGCCGAUAUAAGAAAAAAAAUCGAAAAGUACGAAAAAAAAGACAAAUCUAAAGAAAUCGAAAAACACAAAAUAUAUUUAACAACUUUAAACGAAUUGGCACUACUCGCCAAUGAAAUCGCUACUAUUUUAAAAGCUGAUACGACUACUGACGAAACCAAACUUCAAUAUCUCGAACAGAGAUUGGAUAGAGGGUUGGCAAAAUGGAAAAUUCAAAAUAUUACUAUGAUAUACGAAAAAAUUCAAGAAACAGAAAAUAAAAUUCUACAAUACGAAAGAAGCUGGAGAAAGAAAGAUGCCGAAAGAAAAAAAGAACAAUUAAACGAAUUGAAAGAAUUACUUGAACUUUCAAAAAUGAUUGACAGUCUCAAAUCAUGUGUAAUUCUUAAUGAAGAAAAACAAAAACAAGAAGAUCCUAAGACUCUGGAUCAAGAUUUGGCGAAUAUGCCUUCCUGCGCUGAGAAAAUGGUCAUGGAACUUCUUGAAUAUUGUGAGCGAAGAUUACUUGAAGAUUGUACGAAUUCAAAAAACGAAGAUGAAGCCGAUCGAUUGUUCACUCACCUGCAAGAUCAGAUGAAAAGGCAAGACAUGUUUACGGAUGAAAUUAGGUUUACUCUUCAGGAUAUAAAUAGAUUUAUACAUAGUAACAAUAUAUUAUCUGCGGUACGUCUUCUAAGAGAACUCUUGAGAAAAAUCAGGCCACUAAAUUUACAGCAGAUACAAAGACUCUUGACAAAAGCAGAACACGCAGCUACAUUAAUGCGUGAUAAAGAAAUCAUAUUGUUUGUAGGUGCGACUGGAACAGGAAAAUCUACCACAGCUCAAUUUCUUGCAGGUUCUAAGAUGAAAAAGAUUCAAGUACAAGUUACUUCUGAAAUAGUUCUAGAACAUAUUAUGGUAGUUGAGUCUACUAAGCAUCCUGACUUGAACAAUUUGAUUAGUAAUUCACAGAAGAAGUGUGAAACUCAUUGUAUCAUACCUGUUACAGUACAAUUAAAAGAUAUUUUCGGUCCUAAUGAAGUUGGUGAACUUACAAUAUGUGAUACGCUGGGUUUUUGUGAUACAAUAGGUCCAGAAGUAGAUGUUGCUAAUUCUACGGCCGUUCUCGAAGCUUUUCAGAAAUGUAAGAGUAUCAAAAUACUUGCUUUUUCAAGUUAUGCGAGUUUAGGUAACAAAGGACGAGGUAUUCAGAAAUUGGCACAUAUGUUGAUCAGUAUGCUGCCUGGGAUCGAGGAUAGACUUGACGCUAUUUUCUAUGUGUUUACAAAAUAUCCUGAGACAACUAAUAUUACGAAUUUAUUAGAAAGUAUUAAGACGUUACAAGUCGAUGAAGAUUCUUCUUUACGAUGGGACACCGCUUUCAUAAAAAUAUUAUCAGAUAUGAUUGAAAAAACUAAGAAGGGUGCCUACAAAUUAGAUCCUGUUCAUGGAGAUCCAAAAGUUUUGAUUCGAGAAUUACAGCGUCUCCGUGGUAUUCUACGUCCGGGCGAAAUUUUUCGAUAUCCGAUGAGAGAAGAAACACAGAAAACUGUAAUGAAUCAAGUAAAUAGAUACAAGAUGAAUAUAAUUUGUGCACUAAAACACAAGGAUAUUACUCUUUUAAUUUAUUAUGUUAAUAGUUUAAAGACGUUGAAAGACUUAACGAAGAAAAGUUCCGUUCGAGAUGCCUAUGAAGAUUCUAUUGAUUUUAUAUCGAAAAACUUGGAAGAGUACUCGAAAGAAGUAAUGAACAAAUUAAAUCGUACUUUGACUAGUUGCGAUGGAUUGAGAGAAGAGGAUAUUGUCAACUAUAAAACAUGUAUUGAAUACAUUCAAACCGUGCAAGGAUUGAGAGCACAUUUAGGAUCAAAACUAAUAUCAACAGCAACACUUAUGCAAAACAUUCAUUCUGAACUUCAGCAAAGAAGUCUAGCUUUGACUGAAGAACCUUUGACUAGUCCUUUAGUCGGAAUGCAUUUACAUAAUCUUUUAUUGUUGAAAAAUUCUUUUCAAGAACUUCAACCACAAUAUAAUCAAAAUUGUAAAGAUUUCGAAGAACGAUAUGAAAAACUAAUACAAACUGCGCCUAAACUCAUUUCUAUUAAUGAUUUUCAAGCUGUAGCCGAAACUAUUCUUACGAUAUCUCAGUCUUCAUCUAUUUUAAAAGAUCAUUUAGGUGAAUAUGUUGAAGACAAAUAUUGCGAUAUCAUAAAAUUACUCUUGCGACAUUUGAGUAGUUUUUCAGAAAAAGUAGUUCCUCUUUUGGAGAAGAUACAAUUGAACGAUAAUGAUCUCGAAAUUUUGAAAAAUUGUUUCUCAAUACUGAUAUCAGCCAAAGAAAAUUCUGCGCUUCAAGAUCGUAUUUCUACAUAUGUGGAAAAGUUGAAAAAGAAAAGUAGGAUGUUAGAUGAAUAUGAAUACUCAUCACAUCGUAUCUCAGAAGAUACUGUUCAAGAUAUAAACGCAAUAUACGAUGGAUUCAUAGAGAAAUUUAUUAGACAUUUUGAUGAGAUCAAUCAAAGAAUUAAGGAAUAUCUUGAGAAAGAUAGAGAUUAUGCUUUAGAAUACAUAGAGAAAUUGGUUAUUCAAAUGGAAAUUUUACGUACUAUGCCCGAAGUUGAGUCAAAAACGGCUGGAACAUAUUUUCGUACGGUUGAAAAAAUACGUGGAUACGUACAAGAGUUACAGAAAACGGCAGAACAAUUUCUAAUUAGCAUUGACAACCAAACAGGAAUAAUUAGUUUUAUGCAUUUCGCACGAUCAUUGUCACGUUUGGAAAAUGCACAAUGGAUCAAUCGUAUUAAUCCAGGAAUGUACGAUACACUUAUGCAACGUAUCACAGAAGAUUUAAUGCGCUAUGCUCAGCAAUUAGAAGAUCGUUUGAUAAAACUAGAUUUAACUUUGAAGCAUCCCGACAAUAUUAGUAUAGCACAGGAAAUUCUUGUAAAAAUUGAAUCGAUGACUGUUUUCGAAUGUAUUAUUCCACAACUUCAGACAUGUAGAAAACGUGUAUUUGAACAUUUUUAUCGAUCUACGCAGAGAACGUUCGAUCAUAUUCAAAAGACUUUUAAUCUGCAAGAUGAAACAGUGUAUAAAAUAAAGCAGGAACUAAAAGAACUCGAACAAAUAAAACAUGAAUACAACAAUUUGCAUCCAGCUCGAGUAUAUCUACGAAAACAAGCGUAUCCCGAUUUAAAUACACUGGAUCGUGAGAUCGCACCUCUAAAAAAUGAUGAUUAUUUAAAAGAACGUGGUCAUUCGAUAAGAAAAGAAUAUCAUUCAUUAAUGACGUCACAUGUUUCUAUGUCACCUGAAGAGAUGAGUUUUCUACAAGAGAAAGGCUUUCAGAGUGUUGAUUUACUAGACAGGAUUAUUCAAGAGAAAAAGAAAAUGAUUGUUGAACGUGAAAAGAAUAAGCAACGAUAUGAUUUUAACGAUAGAUUAGAUGUUUCAACAGUGAAUAACGCAAUUGUAUAUCUUAACAAAUGUGAAAACGUGAGUCAUGUUUGUGUUAACGAAAUUGCAACUGAUACUAUUCGAAUCCUACAAGAUUAUAUAGGUGAAUACAGUAAUUUUCUAAAUAAGGAAAUCAGUGCAAGUUUUCAGCAAGCAUGCUCCAUCGAUGCUGAAGGAGAUCGUCUACAAUACUCAUAUGAUUUACAAAUGCGAUUACAAGAAUUAGCCACUCUUAGUAGAUAUACACAUGUUUUCGAAUGCAUUGAUGGAGUUGAGAAGCUUGCAUAUUGGCAUCAACGAUUUCUUCAGUAUUAUCAUACGUUAAGUUAUAAUAUGGAGCAAUCGAGAGCUUCGAAUAGGAGUCAAGAUUUAAAAAGUCAAUUAAAUAUUGCACAAACAUUGAGUUGUUUAGAUAAAGUUUGUGGAGACGUGCUUGGAAAUGUUGGAUUUCAAAGUUUAUAUAGACAGUAUCAAAACAAAGUUGAUGAAGAAAUUAGAGAAGCCUAUAGAAUUGUGUUAGAUUACAUAUCUAAACGAGAUUAUGCAAAUGUAGAUAUGAUACUACGUGGCAUUAAUAUUAGUAGUUUAAAUCCGAGAGAUCUAGCUCAAAUUCAACAUGACUUAAGUAACUCAUUAAAUGUAUUGAUGAAGAAUAUACGAAGCAUUGUUCAUUGGUUAGAUGGAAAAAUUGAAAGAGAAAAUAAUCGGAGUCAAAUAAAAGAAAUCAAAGAUAACAUUGAGAAAAUUGGAAUAGCUGUGAGUAAAACUAAUAUCAUGGAGUUACUUGAUAGUGGAACUCAAAAUUCUUUUCGAAAAUUUGAAAAUGAAAUCAAUGAACUAUUAUCUCGAAUUAUUAUACGAGGACUUGAUGUAAUUGAAGCUUUUCUAAAUGUCGAUAGUUUUGACGAGGCUAAACAAAUCAUGGAAAAUCUCAGUUGGGUACAACAUGAAUUAGCAGAUCAUUAUACAUCGAGUUUAGUUAUCGAGAAGACUAAUGAACUAAGAAAACGAUUCGAUGAUAUAGUUGUUGCGAUUUUAAAACGAUAUGAUUUUACAGAUAUUGACAACUAUUCUGUGAAUCCGCCUAAAGACCUUUUAGCAAAAUUGAAGACGGCUGCAUCACGUGGUGAUGUUCAAUUUCAUCAAGCUUACAUUUCUAUGUUGGGAAACAUUCGAGAAAGUUUUAGUCAAGCUAUAGAUCAAGUACGUAGUGCUUCUUUGAAUGAACGUCCUAAAAAAAUACGUUCGUUCAAAAAUGCAUUAUGCUUCUUACCAGAUGAGUUACAAAAUACAUUUAAAUUGCAGAUCGAUGAAUUGGGUAAUUCAUUUAUGGAUGAAGAAAAAACACAUAAACGUGAUUUAGAUGAAGUUCUCAGACGUACUGAUGAUGAUGAUCGUACUAUUAAAAAAAUCGCUGGAUUUGCUCAAAGAUAUAAAGACCAAAAUAUGCAUGAACUUUUUGAAAUCUUACGUGCAGAAAUUUCCAGAAGACUCUAUGAUUAUCAAAUAGAUGUAGAAACUUCGUUGAACAGGCAAGAUAUGCAGUCCGCUAUUGAUAUCGUGAAGAAAAUUAUCCUAUAUAGAGAUUCUAUAGAUUCUUAUUUUCCCGAAGUAGUAGGAAUUUAUAAAAAUGUUCGUGAUCUAAUAGGUAAACAUUUUUCACAUUGCGCUGACACUCUUACAAACAUAGCAACAAUAGAACAAUGUCAGAUUGUUGAAAAAGCGUUUAGCAAUAUGAUCAUUUGUAUUGAUUUUUCUAUGACGCUCGGUACAAAAGACAAAAAUUUUGUACCUGAUAAUGUUCUGCAGAAUGGUUGCAAAAAAUUUCAGAAUAUGUGCGAGUAUAUCGAUGAAAAUUCUAAAAACUAUCGCUUAGCCAUUAGUAAGAUGAAUGUUAUUGAAUUACGUCAAGUUUUAAUAGUAGCUAAGCAAUGGGACGUACUUGUACGAAAUAUUCGACAAUGGCGUCCACAACAUUCUUCAAUGGAGAAAUAUUUACAAGGUAUUACAAAUGUGAUCUUGCAUGCAGAUAUGAUAAUCGAAUUAGAAAGAGCAAUAAAUAAUUUGAUAGUACAAUUGAAUGUCGAUCUCAUUAGUGACGAAACAACACGAUUUGAAAGACGACGUGAAGAAUUUUUCAGUCAUCUCAUGAUAUUGAUUAGUACACUGAGAAAUAUAAAUUCAAAGUUGAAAGAUCUUUUACCGUUCAAAUUAGAUAUAGAGAAGUUAGAAGAAGAAAUCAAAAGAAAAGUUAAACGACUAGGUGAUCAACUUCUUAGUAUAGCAUCAAAAUCAGAUCUAUCACAACGGGAUUCCGAUAAAUUUCGUACGUAUUACAAUCAUCUUUCAUCCUUUAAUAGACACAUAAUUCUAUCAGAUUUCGAUGUUCGACAUGUGUUAGAUGCAGCGGAGGAAAAAAUUUUCGAAACAAUAGCAUCUUUAUCUAGAGAAACAGGCAAUUCUGGUUUGGAUGUUGCAAAAGUAGCUGAACUACUUAUAAAAAUGAAAUUUUUCGCGGAAAAUCUAUUGAUGUUUGAUAGUAAAAUUAAUGCAGAAAUCGAUGAGAUUCUAAAAAACUACAAAAUAAAAGUGGGUACAAAAGCAUUUAUGAAAUUGCCGAUAGCUCUAGAAAAAACAGAUAUAGGUGCUAGAUUGAUAGUCGAACAUGCAUCUUUGGCAGGUGAAGAUUGGCGUAGACGGCGUGAAAAAAUGCAAAAACAAGAUGAUAUUGAGUACAUGCUCAGAGAACUAGAUGGAGAUGAUAUUGCUACGGACAUAUUACGAAUACAAUAUUACAAUUUUCGAAAAACCUAUGACAGUCUGAUAGCUCGUCAUUUAGAAUUACUUGAUCAGAUGUCUAACACAGAGCCAAAUCUCGACAUAUUAAUUUCAGAAACGAAACUGAUCGUAGGAACAAUAGUUCAGAAACAUCGUAAUAGUGUUCGUUGGAAUAAUUCUUUUAAGAAAAAGAUUUCGGAUUUGUUGGCGCAUAUUUUUGCUGUAUGGACUUUAAAAAAUACACAACAUUACAAUGCUAUGCGUGGCAUUGAAGCAGCACAGGCAUAUCUACUGAUGCCACAUGUUGGACAAGUUAUUGCUAUUUUCCGUAUUCUUGGUAUUGGCUAUCAAGGAUAUGAUGAUUUGUUGAAUAAUUUAGUACAAAUAGGAACCGGUGAAGGAAAAUCAGUUGUCAUGGCAGUGACUGCAUGUGUAUUUGCAUUAAUUGGAGUUGAUGUUAAUUGUUCUUGUUACAGUGAAGUACUGAGUAUGAGAGAUAAAAAUGAUUUUGCUCCGGUGUUUAGAGCACUCGGCAUCGAAGAACGUAUUGAAUAUGGUACUUUUAAUAGAUUGUGUGAGAAUUUAUUGAAUGAACAAUGUAAUGUGAGAGAUAAAGUAUGUGAAAUGAUUGUCAAUAAUAGCAGUACGAUAGAUGUAGCAACAAAAUCAGUACGCAUAGAUCCGAAAGUAUUGUUAAUUGAUGAAGUCGAUGUUUUUCUAAGCGAAAAAUUCUAUGGUGGAACGUAUUCACCUUCAGUGUAUAUUAAAGAUUCCACUAUUAACAUAUUGCUGGAUACAAUCUGGAAAAAUAAAACAAUACAAAAUUUGAAUGUUGUCAAAAAUACACAAGCAUAUAAAGCAUGUGCUACUCGUUUUAGUAAUUGGAUUUUUCUUUUCGAUGAAGCGAUAAAAGAUAUGUUGAUUGCUCUAGAAUCUUUUCAGUCUUCAACGUAUAUUGUACAGAAUGACAGAAUUGUUUAUGUGGAAGGUGAAUCGAUAGUCGAUAAUGUUGUCCAUGGUUACAGUACAAUAUGGGCCUAUUAUCAUGAACAUGAGAAAGAUAAUAUCAGUAAGGUUAGCUUGGAAACUAAUGUAGGUAUUAUCGUAAACUGUGGAACAUUUUCCUAUGCUGAAAUGCCACAUGAAUUCGCUUAUAUAACUGGUGUGACCGGUACUUUGAAAACUUUGGCUAUGUCUGAACAGAAUAUAUUAAGAAGAGUGUACAAUGUAGAAAAGAAAACAUUUAUUCCAUCUGUAUUCGGGAGCAGUAAUCGUAUGUUUAAUUCAAAUACUGAUGUACUUGUAGUCAAGGAAUCUGAAUAUUACAUGGCAUUACGUGGAGAUAUGGAUGUUGUAUGUCGUGCAGGACGUGCUAUUCUAGUUUUUUUCGAAUCAGAUGAAAAAUUGAUGGAUUUUUACAAUUCUUCUCAAUUAUCAUCGAUAAAAACCGAUGUACAAAUUAUUACAGAGAAGGUUUCUGUAAAAGAAAGAGAGCUAUGUAUUAAACGUGCUGCAUUAGAAGGUCGAAUUACGCUAUUAACGCGAACCUUUGGCCGAGGAACUGACUUUAUCUGUCGAAAUCAGCAGCUUUUAGCAAACGGCGGCAUUCAUGUACUUCAGACAUUUUUUUCAGAAGAAUUAUCUGAAGAAUAUCAAAUAAUGGGAAGAGGAGCACGACAAGGUGAUCGUGGUUCAUAUAGAAUGAUUUUAUUAGAUAAAGAGUUAGAAUGGAUUCUUGGGUCUACUUGGGAGGAUGAUCUUCCAAAAAUUAUAGGUUCUAAUCUUUACAAAAAUUUGAAUAAAGCUCGUAAUGAUCUUUAUGAGAGUAGAUGUGGUGCUAAAGAACUUUCUAUAGAACAAUGCAGACAGGAACAUGAAGCUUCUAAAAGUUUUAUGUCAUCAUUGAUUUCUGGAAAUAUUGAAGCUGUGAAAACAUUUUUAAAGAAUCAAAAUCAGGGAGCAAGUUUUGUGUCAGGUUCUUCGCGUACUGUUUUGCUUCUGGAUGCAACAGGUUCUAUGUCAAGUUUAUUAUCUGCUACAAAAGAAACAGUUUGUACUAUGUUUGAACGUGCUUCUAAUAUUCUAAAGGAGAAAAAUCUUAGCGAUUUAUUUCAGAUGCAGAUUGUCAUAUAUCGAAAUUAUAAUUCGAGAGAGAAUGAAAUUUUACAAGCGUCUGCUUGGGAGACAAAACCUAAUAAUUUAAGAUCAUUUAUGAAUACAGUCGGUCCUAAAGGUGGCAUGGGAGCAGAAGCCAUUGAAAUUGGCUUAUGGCAUGCAGUUAAAGAAAGUGAAACGCUCGAUUCAAUCUCUCAAGUAAUUUUAAUAGGAGAUGCUCCAGCAAAUAGUCAAGAAGAGGUCCGCAAAAAACGAGCAGGUUUUGGUGAAGCUUAUUGGGAGAAGACUAGAUUUGGUAAGCCAACAUAUUUUGCGUAUGAGUUAGAAAAAUUAAAAUCGAAAAAUUUACCUGUUCAUGCAUUCUAUCUUACAAGAUAUGCAAAAGAUAAUUUCAAAUAUAUUGCAAAUGAAACAGGAGGUCGUUGCGAACGAUUGAAUAUUCAUUCUCCGGAAGGUGCUGAGACGCUAACCGAUUUCGUAACAGAAGAAGUUCUUAGAAAAGCAGCAGGCGAUCAAGGAGACGCCGCGGUAGACUUAUAUAGGAAGAUAUACAAGACUUUUGCUUUUUAA